AUGGUCAGAAGAUCUCAGCGAGUCAUUCCUCAGCAACAAUCACAGAAAGUGUGGUGGAAACAGUUGGAGCGGACGGCGUAUGCAUGGUUCAACCUGAUGAACGCCAUGAUGGGUGUGGGCGCGUUUGCUCUUCCCGUCGCAUUCAAGCAAUCUGGGCUCUGGAUGGGAACCGCGCUUAUGGUAAUUCUCGGACUUGCCAACAUUCACAGCAUGAUCAAGCUGGUCAAAUGUUCACAAUAUGUUAGCUAUGUGAAGGAAUCCAGUGAAUCUCCGGCACUUUCUGCGAAGGGCACAGCGGCAACACAUUUGUCGCAGUCAUCUCAAAAUACGCCCAAAGGUGACGCUACUUCGGAUGCGGCAGCUUCCGAGUCGGAAAAGUCUGAGAACGGUCAGGAUGGUGCUGAUCGCUGUCCUAGAACCGAAACCACCAAACCAUUGCUGUCGAAAGCAACGAAUUCAGAGCCAAUGGACAAUCCAGCACGAGUACAGACGAAUGCCACACAAAGUGAUUCGCUAAAGUCCACCCAAAGGAGUACGGAUGAAGACGAGAUUCCUAACUACGUGUACAUAAGGUAUCUGCAAUUUUUGCCGAACAUUGGCUUAUGA